CUCGCCAAGAAGUAAUAAACGAGGCGGCUAUGAUGAUGAUGAUGAGGAGGAGGAGGAGCGAAUGGCGGCUGGUUCGGGCGUGCUCCCGAACCCUAACCCUAACCCUAACCCUAGGCCCGUCUCGCCCCAUCUCCUCCGGCGAGGCGGGGGGAAGCGGGGGCGGCGCGGCGGUGAAGAAGGUGACGAGGUGGAACUUCGCGGAGGCUUUGGAAGGGCUCCGGGCGCGGGUGCGGGAAGCGGACUUCGUGGCGGUGGAUCUGGAGAUGACGGGCGUGACGACCGCGCCCUGGCGGGACGCCUUCGAGUUCGACCGCCCCGACGUCCGCUACCUCAAGCUCAGGGACUCCGCCCGCAGCUUCGCCGUCGUCCAGCUCGGCGUCUGCCCCUUCCGCUGGCACGCCGCCACCUCCUCCUUCCGCGCCCACCCCCACAAUUUUUAUAUAUUUCCGCGAAAGGAGCUCCCAAUUGAUGGGCCGUCUUAUGAGUUCCUCUGCCAGACAACUUCGAUGGACUUCCUAGCGAAGUACCAAUUUGAUUUCAAUACAUGCAUAAAUGAAGGAAUAUCUUAUUUAUCCAGAGCACAAGAGAUAGAAGCGCUUCGAAAAUUACGGCCGCAGUAUGAGGACAGUUCAGCAGCACCGUCACACACUUUUGAAGAGCUUGGAGAUAUACCAAUUGUGAGCACUGCUGACCUGCUUUUCACGGAAAGAAUGAAAAACAGAUUUACUGAGUGGCGAGAAGGGAUACUCAGAAGUCCAAGUGAGGAUUCUUCUGAAGAGAGUCUGAAAUUCAGCACAGUGCAAUUUCAGACAGUUUUCUUUAAGAUGCGACCAGCUAUCAUGCUUAAUGGAUUCAGCUCACAUCAACUGAAGUUGAUUCAACUGAUUCUGAGAAAACACUUCAAGGAUCUUUUAUAUGUUCGUACAGUUGGUGAGGAUGGUACAUGGCAAAAGAGAGUAGUUUAUACGGACUCUGAGGAGGAUAAAGCCUCUUUGUUGAAAGAGGUCCAGGAAGAUGCAACGAGGAGCACUGUCUCGAGGGUCAGGUCUGCUGUGGGAUUUCGCCAUGUUAUAGAUCUGCUUGCCUCAGAACAGAAAUUAAUUGUUGGUCACAAUUGCCUUUUAGAUAUUGCUCACAUAUACAACAAAUUUAUUGGCCCUCUUCCGUCAUCGAUGGCAGAGUUUGUUUUAGCCGUUCAUGAAAUUUUUCCGUAUGUUGUGGACACCAAGCAUCUUUUGAAUUCAAGUCAAGGCAUUCAAUAUUUCAUGAAGAAGAAGAGCAAAUCGCUUUCCUCAGCUUUUUCUUUGCUGUGCCCGGCAGUCUCCUCUCCAUCCAAGAAUUUCGGCACAAGUUCACAUGUGAAAGUUGAAGUUGAAUCAGAUGAAGCAGGAUCAUCUUGCUUCUCCUCAGGCGCUAAGCAUGAAGCAGGAUACGAUGCCUUUAUGACGGGAUGCGUCUUUGCUCAGAUAUGCUGUCAUUUGGGUGUGAAUUUUGAGCUCCUUUCACCAUCAGCCAAUCUUACAAAAAUUGAUCGGCUUGCACCGUACAUCAAUCUUUUGUAUCCCGCGUGGAACAGCGGAACAGUGAUCAAUCUUAGUACUGGCACAGAGAAACCAGAGCCAGGUUAUAAGCGCAAUUACCCUCCGGUUGUGUUCUCAAAAGUCAUCCUUGUUUGGGGAUUUCCGUCUAAGUUGAAGCCAAAGGACUUGAAGGAGUCCAUAUGCAAAGUGUUUGGUCCGGAUUCUGUCACUUCAAUCUUUUUCAUCGACUCGACCGCCGCCCUUAUUCAGUUAAGCAAAGAGGAAUUUGUAAAUGAUUUUUUGCUUUUGAAGGAUACUUUGGAGAGGAAAGAUGAUGCCAUAUCAGUUUUGCACCCUCUUUCGGUGCUAUUGGAAGGUGGAAAUACACGGGCUGGGAAUUACGAUACUUACAGAGACAUUUGUGCAGCUUCGGCGUCGAAGUUUUUGUUCGCGGAUCAGGCAGAUGCCGUCGGGACAACGUGCAAAAGAAAACUAGACUUUGGUAGUAGAGAUUCUGCUGGGAGCAGUGAGACUACUGAAGUGGAAACCAUUUCGCCAGAUGUUAAACGGCUUGAAGGACUAAAACCUGAUCCCAAGAAGCAAUCUAGCCGCCCACUUUCAUGCGAGGAUAUCUUAGACUCUUUGUAUGCUUCGAAAUCAUUAUUGGGGAAACGCAUGAGAAGCGCAUGAGACAGGAUACUACUACAAAGGAUAUGUGGGACCCUGGUGAUGUCCUUGUUUUAUUUUUUUUCCCCUUACUAUUUAUAGAACUUUGAGAUGGUUAUCUCAGAUAGAUGGAGGUGGUUUAUGCCGCAUUUUUCGGAAUGAUGCCCAUCGCGCUUGUAGACUCGGAGAGAAAACACAAUUAUAUUUGCUGAAGAGGUUAUUUAUUCAACUGUUCCUUACAAAGGUGGUAGGAUUUGCCUGUUGUAAGUAUAUGAUCGUCGACCCGCUCCCAACCGUGGCUUGGAUGUUGCUUUCGGUGAUUGCAUUACGGUUUAAACAAAGUUUUUAGUUCUGUUUAACAGGAAACACUGAUUUGGAUUUGACAUUGAAGAUGUGGAGUAAUGGGUUUCUGAGGCACUUGUCGUGCCGCUGCAUAUGAUAAACUUUUCGAGCAUUCCGCAUUUAUUUCCUCUCUCCGAUCUCGCGACUCGAAGGGAGAGGCGCUCAACUCAGGCCAUAGAGUACUGGAGCUGACGAACCAGUAAAGAUGUAAUACUCGUCUCGCAUCCCAACCUUUUGUUCCACUGUCAACUAAUUUGUUUAUGAUGUGAUUCUGGAAUAAACAAUAUCUUUGUUCCAAUUCUCUCUUGUUUUUGUAUACAUUUUUUCAAACCAUUGUAAGAGAACGCUUGGCCUCAUUGUUAUUUCCUAGGCCUGAUUGGUUGUGCUACAGUUGUAAUUACAUGCAGAUUCAAAUUUUGUGUUUGGGUUUUUA